AUGGAUGUCAAAGGUAGAAAAAAAGACUCGAUAGAGCAGUUUAUCGAGCUGCCACAAAUCCUCGUCGAUAACGGUCUCUCACAGCUAAGAUACAUGAUCUUAAUAGAGGGUCUUUCCAUUCCUGACGGCUACGAACAAUGCCCGUACAGAAGCUACGUGUGGUCAAUACUAUGCAAAGUCCCCGUGUAUCCAGCAUAUAAGUACCAGCAGACAAUAUCAAAGAUAUCGAGGAAUCUUUCGCCUGAGGUGUAUCAGAAAAUCAAGAAUGAUACUUUCAGAACCCUUAUGAACGAUAAGGCUUUCCAUUCACGAGUUUCUGAGGACUCAUUAAUGAGGAUUCUAGCUGCAAUAGCAACUUCAAUCCCGGAAAACAAAGUUGGCUACGUCCAAGGUUUGAAUGUUCUUCUUGCACCUAUUGCAUAUACCUGCUAUAAGAGUGAGCCACAAGCCUUCGCGAUUCUUCAUCAUUUAAUCACAAAGCAAAUCCCGUUGUACAUUACUCCAAAUUUGGACGGAGUACACACUGCAUUAAGCUUGGUGGACCUCGUCCUCAAGAUCAUCGACCCGGUUCUUAGUGAGUUUCUAGACUCUAAGUUUCUCAAGGCAGAAAUAUAUGCCUUUCCUUCGGUACUCACGCUUUGUGCUUGCACACCUCCACUCAAAUCGCUCAUCAAGAUGUGGGACUUUCUUUUUGCAUAUGGCACCCACAUGAACUUAUUGUUUGUUGUUGCCCAGCUAAUCCGAAAUCGAUCCACGCUAUUAAAGUCCCUACAGCCAAUGAAGGAAUUGAGAAAUUUUCCUGCGUUAGACGAGAACAAUAUCAUCAAACUUAGUUUGAGUUUUAUACCAGAACUCCCUAAAGAUCUAUACGAUAUGAUCACGCGACACGGAUUCGAUCCAAGUGUUCCGAAGGAACUCGCGAUAUUCAUUAAAGCGCACAAGCUUUAG